GUGCGGCUGUGUGUGCUUGCUGGUUCUCUGCUUGGCUCGUGGCUCUUCCUUUCUCGUUCACUCUUGCUAAUCGUAGUGGAAUUUGAAAUGUGAAACUAAAACUAUUUAAUUAAUAACAGCAACACCAACAACAGCAAUAUGAAUUCGACAAUAACAAUAGAACCGUGAAUCGAAUGACUCUGGAACUGAAUCUGAUGGUGAACUGCUCGAUGUGGAAAACAAAUGUCACUUAGAUGUGGAUAUGGAAACUAGUUUGAGUUCCUGCCCGGAUGCAAACUUAACUACAAGCAAACAAACUGCAUGCUCAUCAUCCGAGUUUUCUGUUGCUGCCACCACCACCACCACCAUUCCUCCAGCUCCUUCUACAACAGGUGCUGCUGCUGCUGUUGCCGCUGCAAUGAUGUGUCAUCAUCAGACCACAAAUUCAGCAUCAUCGAGCUCCCAUCUUAUGUAUGAUCAGCAUAGCUCCGAAGAGGAAUUGGAAGUGAUUAAUGGGCCAGCAGCGGCGGUUGGCAGCGGGAACGGCGGUGGCGGUGUAUCGUGCUCAUCACGUUUAUCUAAUCGAGGAUGCACUUCCUCAUUGGACACAGAGGCACCAUGUAGCAGUAGCACUGGCAUACAUGCUGGAGCAACUGGAUCAAAUUCAAAACGUUCGAGCUCCUCGCUAAUGGUGGAGAAUCGUAAACGUUCAUUGGCCCAUAGUUCCGAUGAUGAACUGCGCAACUCGCUGGAACCCAUAUCGACGCCCGUGAAUUUUCGAACUUCACCGCCAUUGGAGGCAUUCAAGCCAAAUCGUAGCCAUAUGAUGUUCCGCUCCACAACGCCACUGAUCUUAUCGGAGGCCCGAUGUGGCAUCGAAAAUAUUAAAUUAUGUGAUAAUAGUGUAAACGAGGAGACAACAACGGCAGCAGCAUCGUCAUCAUCAGCAGCAGCAGGGGCAGGGGCAGCGUUAGCGGCAAAUGGCAAUAAUGAUAACAAUAAAUGCAACAGCAGCAGCAACAGCAACAAUGAUGCCACCGAUGAUAAUGAAUCGAGCAGUGUGAUCAAGGCUAGCUCCUUGAAAAUGAGCAACAGCAGUCAUCACAUCUAUCAGCCGCAACCGAAAUAUAGUUUCCAUUAUAAUAGCUCACGUAGUAGUCCGGCCAGUACAACAGGACUGGAUAAUAUGAUGAUGGAAGUGCGUUCGGUUAGUCCGCCAGCGAAAUUAUUUCAUUGCGCCAUUUCACCAAGACGACGUCCUAGCAGCAACUCAACUGGUGGCAACUCAAAUAGCGGUGCUGCAUCAACAACAACAACGACAACAACAUCAACAACAACACACAAUGCUGCCCAGCGACCGCAUAGGCCGUGUUUAGAUUUUGAUAAAAUGCAGCAAGUCAGUCUUUAAGGCAAUCCAAACACACAUAAACAAACACAAAACACACACACACCUAAACACAUACAGAAGAACCGUUAGGCAAAAGGCAAAUCAAAGACUUUUUAUACCAACCAACCAUAAAAAAAAAACAAAAAUUAAAAACUACAACUGCAAGUACCUUAAAACGGUUAAGAGAAACAAUGUCAGCAGUUAGAAGAGAUGCAAACGAAAAAAAAAGUAAAACUAAAAUAUUCUCGAUCAAAAAAAAAAAAAAAAACAACAAAAACUAUGCAGAACAAACGAACAAGCAGAGCAAAACUAAAAAAAAAUAUCAUCAAAUCAAAUUACAUAAAGAACAGUAAACGAAAAAAACCGAAAAUAAUAAUAUAAACACUAACAAAAUUUCACAU